AUGCCUUAUCAUUUUUCUGCAGCAACUUGGACACCUCAGCAUACUUCCACAUCCGCCUUUGCAGUGGGCGGUUUCGCUUGGCCUCGAAAUCAACUCCUACGCACGCACUCCAUCUGUCGCCGAGCACUACCCGCAAGGAGAAAGCGUAUUCCAUGUGUCCGAAAUUCUGUGCCCCUCUCUACAGCUGGAUCCACGCAACCAGAACCUUCCCCGGUCUCAGAUGCGGAGUGCGUAGCAGCUCCACUUGACAUAAUUGCUCUUCAAGAAAACUGGGUAGCGGUCAACAAACCUCCUUCCAUGUUGGUGCACAGGACGAAACUAUACCACGCUCGUCCGAGAGAGACCUAUGUCGUAGAUGAAGUACGGAAAAGAGUUGGAGAAAUUCGCGGACUUCCAACAGCAGUCCUUCCGGUUCAACGCUUAGAUCGACCGACUAGUGGAGCUAUGGUCUUUGCUCUCGGCGAUUCAAAAAAAGCUUCACAGCUACAACAUGCCUUGCAGUCCGAGCACUCCAGAAAGGAGUAUUGGGCGAUUGCGUUUGGAGCUGAGAUGCCACAAAAGUGGGAAAACCACCACUCAUUGCGAGACUUGACGGGAAAGACACGCAAAGAACGUUCGGCAUCGUCCAUGUUUGAGCAGCUCCUUCGACUCGAUGAAUCUGAUUUAUCUGUUGUCCGCGCUACACUUGCGACUGGCAGACGACACCAGAUUCGACGCCACCUUAGUUACUCUCGCCAUGCGAUUCUUGGAGAUACCUCCUACGCCAAGGGUACCCAAAAUCGCUUCGUGAGGGAACAUUUCGGGGUCACAAGAUGCUGUCUUCACUCGCGGCGGCUCUCAUUCACUGACCCAGAGAACGGUACUCAGAUUAAUCUUGAGGCCCCAGUCCCUCAGGACCUUCGCGACGUCCUGGCACGUGCCAGUGAAUGUGAGCAACAUCACGACAUUACUCUAGAUCUCGGGAACCUUGCGGAGGAUACACGUUAAAACCGACUCGGCGUUUAUUGUUUGAGAUCUACACAUCGCCUGAAGUCAUUGCGGA